AUGGGACAUUCAGGGCAGUAUCGCAGGACCUGGCACAGCUUCAUGCUGAUUGCUCAUCUGACAUGUCUGUACGUGACUGCGUUGGAAACCACCACCAAUAACAUAACCACCCCUCCAGUAACCCUCCCACCUGUCUCCUCCACUUCUGUGAUCGCUAACACAGCAAACGUUACAACCCAGCAUCCUGAAAUCGUCUCCUCUACUGCUAAAGAAGUUACAACUCCUGUACAUUCUACGACUUCCAACUCUUCUAGCAUAAAUGCCACUUCACCAGCAUCUACUAAGGUUCCAGAGUCCACUAAAGCAAGUUCUACGACUUCAGCAUCAACAAACACAACUGAUGUGCAAACAACUAAAAUUGCAAGUCCAAAUACAUCUGCCUCUUUGACAAGUUCAGUUGCUGCUGCGGUGACUAAAUCCUCUGGUUUUGACUUGGACAGUUUUAUUGGUGGCAUAGUACUGACACUGGGUAUUCUUGCUGUCCUGUACUUUGGUUGCAGGUUUUAUAACUCAAAGAGAGGCGUUCGAUAUAGGAAAAUAGAUGCACAUGAAGCAAUCAUUUAAAAUGAAACAACUUGAGCCAAAUCUCCCUCUUCAAAAAAGCUUGCUUCUUAGCACCAACUGUGCAAAA